AUGGAGGAGACCUACCAAGGUCUUAACCAAGACCUACCAAGGCUUAACCCAAUUCCGAACGAGACGGCGGCGCUGCUCCGCCGCCGCAGCGUCAACAGCACCGAGUGCGUGCCCGUGCCCAGCUCCGAGCACGUGGCCGAGAUCGUGGGCCGCCAGGGUUGCAAAAUAAAAGCGCUGCGGGCCAAGACGAACACGUACAUCAAGACCCCCGUGCGUGGAGAGGAGCCCGUSUUCGUCGUCACGGGACGCAAAGAGGACGUGGCCAUGGCCAAAAGGGAGAUCCUCUCCGCCGCCGAGCACUUCUCCAUGAUCCGAGCGUCGCGCAACAAGAACGGCCCUGCCCUCGGAGGGCUGCCCUGCACCCCCAACCUGCCGGGGCAGACGACGGUGCAGGUGAGGGUGCCCUACCGCGUCGUGGGGCUGGUGGUGGGACCCAAAGGAGCCACCAUCAAAAGGAUCCAGCAGCAGACGCACACCUACAUCGUGACGCCCAGCAGGGACAAGGAGCCCGUCUUCGAGGUGACGGGAAUGCCCGAAAACGUGGAUCGCGCCCGGGAGGAGAUCGAGAUGCACAUAGCCAUGCGCACGGGCAACUACAUCGAGCUCAACGAGGAGAACGACUUCCAUUACAACGGUACCGACGUGAGCUUCGAAGGAGGCACGCUCGGCUCCGCUUGGCUCGCCUCCAACCCCGUGCCUCCCAGCCGCACCAGAAUGAUUUCCAAUUACAGAAACGAUAGCUCCAGCUCCUUGGGAAGCGGCUCCACAGAUUCCUACUUCGGAAGCAAUAGAUUGGCUGACUUCAGCCCCACAAGCCCAUUCAGCACAGGCAACUUUUGGUUCGGAGAAACGCUGCCRUCGGUGGGCACGGAAGACCUGGCAGUCGACUCCCCUGCGUACGACUCCUUGCCGACGCCUUCCCAGACCAUUUGGACCCCGUUUGAGCCCGUCAACCCGCUCUCCGGCUUCGGYGGCGACCCCACGGCGAGCGCCAAAGCUCAGCGGAGAGGGAGCCAGCCGUCCCCUCCGCGCCUGUCUCCCACCUUUCCCGAAAGCCUGGAUCACCCGCUCGCCAGGAGGGCCAGGAGCGACCCGCCCAGCGCCGGCAGCCACGCCGGCCUUCCCAUCUACAUCCCUGCUUUCUCCAACGGUACCAACAGCUACUCCUCCUCCAACGGCGGCUCCGCGUCGAGCUCGCCGCCCGAGUCGCGGCGCAAGCACGACUGCGUCGUCUGCUUCGAGAGCGAAGUCGUUGCGGCCCUCGUGCCCUGCGGCCACAACCUCUUCUGCAUGGAAUGUGCCAACAGAAUCUGUGAAAAAGAAUCGCCAUCAUGUCCCGUUUGCCAGACAGCUGUUACUCAGGCAAUCCAAAUUCACUCUUAAAUAUAUAUAGAUAUUAUUAUAUAUGGAACUUUUAAAACUCUGAAAGGCAUGGGUGUAAUGGUACCCUCUAGUAAACUUCCUAAUGAAUUCUGACUGCUGGGCUUUCUUGGGAUUAGGCUAAAGUUGUCAAUAAAUUUAUACUUUCGGAGUAGAAAGGCUGCUAUGGUAACACUACAGCAAGGUGGUCCGUGUCCGUGUCGCCGCCAGGGAAGCRCCGGGCUCCGCACCCGAAUUCCACAGGCUUGGCCGGGGUGGUGGGAGCGCGUUGCUCUGCCGCGGGGCUCGUGGCAUUCCCAUGUGUCAGCCAACACUUCC